AGCGGUGCUGGGUUCUCCCCUCCAUCCCCGGGGUGCAGCGCCUCCCUUCCGGGCACAGCUGGGCAGCGGUGCUGGUUCCCCCUCCAUCCCUGGGGUGCAACGGCCCCUCCUUUCCAGGCACAGCUGGCCAGUGGUGCUGGAUUCCCUCCUCCAUGCCCGGGGUUCAACGGCCCCUCCCUUCCGGGCACAGUUGGCCAACAGUAUGUGGUUUGCCCCUUCCACCAGGGCACAGGCUGGCUUCCUGCUACCCCUGGGGUGCAGCGCACCUGACCCUCCCCUCUAGGCACAGCUGGCCAUGGGUGCUGCCGACCCCAAGUUUAUUUCCAUGGAUUUAAUGCUGGGUCGGUUUUGUUAAUGUGAAUACUAACGGGGAAGCUCAGACGCACCAGUUCAGUUCCUCCUCCAGCUGUCCAGCUUCCUGUCAUUGAUCUUGGUGGCCCGCGUGUGUGCAGAGGGAUGGCAGCGUGGGGGUGACUUGUUGUGCCUGCAGCUGCACUCAAGGCAGAAAGCCAGGUGCUGUGGGUGAGGCUUUUAGAGGGCUCUGCGUAGCCCAGGGUGCCCCAGAAUAAGCUAGGAAUGCUGCUGGCCACGGUUCCAGGGGGCUCUGGGCAGCAUCGGAGCCUGGGUCCAGACAGGGAUCCUGAUAUUACCUGACAGAGAGUCGGGAGGGAGAUAGUGCUGUGGAUAUCAAGGGUGCUGGAAGCGGCUGACUGUCAGGAAUGGGGACCGGGGGUGUCUCUGAUCUCUGUCAAACCCAGAAAUUGGAACUUGGUGGCAUUAAAGCAACUUUUACACUUGUGACUGGACUUUGCUUGAUACAGAUAUGGGCGUGAGGUGGGUGAUUUCCCCUUUAUGUAGUCCAGCUGUACUUCAUCACUUUGGACCUGCUAUAUUCCCCACCCCUUCGUGUGUAUUCGGUCGUUUGCCUUUUUCCUUCUUUGCUUGGAUCUGAACGGAAAUCAGUGGAAGCUAGAAAUAGAAGCGAGAUUGCAGACUAAUAGCUGGGGAGGAAUAGAAGUGCCUACUUGGAGACUGAGUUUUAUGUUUUGUCCUUGAUGGGAAAGGCCCUAGUCUUACGAUGUGGGAAUCUAUGGCCCUUAUUCUAGCCCCAUCUAAUCUUUGGGCUUGAUUCGCCACUCAUUAGACUGCUGUAAAUCAAGUGACCCAGCUGAAGCCAGUGAAGUUACUCUGGUUCCAAACCGGUGUAGAGAGACUCUAUAUUUAUACUGCAACCAUCAAAGGGUUAGCUCAGUGCCUCACUACCCUAUAUCAGGCUGAUGAAAUGAGACGUUUGCAAGUUCUGGCUACAGUUGGGACAUCAGAUCUGUAAUAUUAGGUCUUUAAAUAACUGCAUGGAUUUAGCAUGGAAAUUUAGAAGGGAGCAGAAAUGUGAUAAAAGAUAAUCUGUAUCAACUGCCAUUUGUAGUAGGUCAUGUAUCUUCUUUUCAUGCAUCUAGGCCCUGGAUGAUGAGACCUUUAUGUAGCCCAGCCCUUCACCAGUGGAUCAGCAGCAGGUAUGCUAUGCCUAAAAGGGCUGGUAAAUCCUUUUGAAGUUGUAAUUCUCUUCUGUGGCUAAUUCCUAGAGUGAGGUUCUCGAACUGUGGUCUGCGGACCACCAGUGGUUCACAAGCUCCUCUCAGGUGGUCCGCGGAUAGUUCCCUCUAAGGUGCGUGCCUGGGCAGCCACACACGAGAGAAUGAAGGGCCACCCACCUAAUUAGUGGAGCCACGCAGGCUUGGCCUGGACCCUGGAGAAGAUGUGCAGGCUCCUUGUCAGCAGCACAAUGUGGUAUCCCAAGCACCAUUGUGUGAGGCUGAGGUGAACUCAGGAGAAAGAGACCACCCCAGCAACAGCCAGGAUGACCAAAGCACGGCUGUUCCGCCUCUCGGUGGUGCUGGGUUCCGUCUUCAUGAUCCUGCUGAUCAUCGUGUACUGGGACAACGUGGGGACGGCUCAUUUCUACCUGCACACGUCCUUCUCCAGGCCUCAUGCCCUGGGCAGUCCGCCCACCGCUGCUCAGGAUGAAGACCGUGAAGACUUGUUGGACAUGGAUGAGUUUUUAGAGAAGCUACUGAGUUCUGGCCUGAGGCAGAAUGGUCCCUUGAACAGAAAGAUGGAGCAGGCCCCACUUCAAGGCUCCAGCAGGCCUGUCUUGGGCAAUCUGGAGGAGAAUGUGAGAGGCUAUGACUGGUCCACCCGCGUUGCCAGAGUGAGCCUGGACCAGGAGAAGCUGCAGGCUGAACGGCGGAGGAUGCUGCGGGAGUUCUGUGCCAAUUCCAGCUUCGCCUUCCCCGCUAAGGAGCGUUCCUUUGAUGACAUCCCCAACUAUGAGCUGAACCACCUGAUCGUGGAUGACCGCCACGGUAUCAUCUACUGCUAUGUCCCCAAGGUGGCCUGCACCAACUGGAAGCGGGUGAUGAUCGUGCUGAGUGAGAGCCUGCUGGAUCAGGGUGUCCCCUACCGGGACCCUCUGGACAUUCCCCGAGAGCACGUCCACAACUCCAGCACCCACCUGACUUUCAACAAGUUCUGGCGCCGCUACGGGAAGUUCUCCCGACACCUCAUGAAGAUCAAGCUGAAGAAAUACACCAAGUUCCUCUUUGUACGCGAUCCCUUCGUGCGGCUCAUCUCUGCCUUCCGCAGCAAGUUUGAGCUGGAGAAUGAGGAGUUCUACCGGCGCUUUGCCAUACCCAUGCUGAAGCUCUACUCCAACCACACCAACCUCCCCACCUCUGUUAGCGAGGCCUUCAGGGCGGGCCUCAAAGUCUCCUUCCCUGACUUCAUCCAGUACUUACUGGACCCCCGGACAGAGAAGAUGGCCCCUUUCAAUGAGCACUGGAGGCAGGUUUACCGCUUGUGCCACCCGUGCCAGAUAGACUAUGACUUUGUUGGGAAGCUGGAGACCCUCAAUGAAGACGCGGCUCAUCUGCUGCAGCUUCUCAAGGUGGACAGGCUCCUCCACUUCCCCCCCAGCUACCGGAACAGGACUGCCAGCAGCUGGAAGGAGGACUGGUUUGCCAAAAUCCCUCUGGCUUGGAGGCAGCAGCUCUACAAACUUUACGAGGCUGAUUUUGUACUCUUUGGCUACCCCAAACCAGAAAAUCUGCUUAAAGACUAAAAGCAAUUGGAAAUUGGAGGAAGGGGGAGGAGGAUUACCAAAAAUAUUUAAAACUUCACAGUAUCCGCCUCUUAAUCUCCCAACCCAGGAACAUAAAAUUAAGUAUAUUUUUUCUACUCAUCCCCUUCCAAAUUUGCAAGAAUCCAGGAUACUCCAGCCAGCUGUGCAUCACCAGAAGACCCCCCCACUCUCCCUUUGCAAUCGGAAGACUUCCUCUUUCAGUCUGUCGGCUGUGUCCUUCGGUCGCUUUUUAUUAAUAUUUUUAAAAAUUAAUAUAUUUAAAAUAUUUAAUACAAAUUGCGUGUUGUGGUGAAGGAAGAGGUGGAGUAAAAAACAAUGCCCCUG